AUGAAGUUGAUUGUACCAUCAUUGGCCGCUGUGCUGCUCGGUACUGCUGUGCAAGCAACAACUGAUGGAAAGCCCAACUUCAUCUUCAUCAUAACUGAUGAUCAGGAUCAGCAACUCGGCUCCAUCGACUUUAUGGACUCCGUGAAAAAGCACAUCAGGAACGAGGGCACCACCUUUUCCAAACAUUUCUGCACCGUCUCUCUUUGCUGCCCCUCUAGGGUUUCGCUUCUCACCGGGAAGGCGGCCCAUAAUACCAACGUCACUGACGUUGCGCCGCCCUGGGGCGGCUAUCCUAAAUUUAUUUCCCAGGGUCUGAAUGACAACUACCUCCCUAUUUGGCUCCAAGACGCUGGCUACAACACGUACUACACUGGAAAGUUGAUGAACAAUCUCGGAGUCAGAACGUACCAAAGCCCGCCCCCAAGUGGAUGGAACCGGUCUGAUUUUCUGCUCGACCCAAACACUUAUGUGUACAAUAAUGCUUACUUUACCCUCGACAACAAGAAAUGGCAAGCUUUCCCAGGAGAAUAUUCCACUGAUUUAAUUGCAAAGAGAUCUCUCGAGUUCCUUAAGGAAGGAAUUGAUACUCAGAAGCCGUUCUUUAUUGGGGUCGCCCCGAUCGCGCCACAUUCAGAAUUGACCGACACUUUCAGAGAACCUGUGCCGGCGGCUCGCCACCAGGACCUAUUUGCGGAUGCCCAGGUCCCAAGAAACAAGAAUUUCAACCCUCCUCAGCCCGGAACGGCAAGCUACUUCAAGAAUCUUCCUAGACUGAGCAAUUCGCAAGUACAAUAUCUUGACAACUUCCACAGAAGGCGCCUCCAGUCCUUGCAAGCCGUCGAUGACCUUGUUGACGACAUCUUUGAUGCCCUCCGGGACCACCCCAGUGUUCUAGCCAACACCUACAUCAUCUAUACUGCUGACAACGGAUUCCACCUUGGACAGCAUAGACUGCCCGCAGGCAAGACCUGCGGCAUUGAGGAAGAUGUGAAUGUUCCAUUCAUUAUUCGUGGCCCCGGGAUCACCAAAAACAAGACAGUCGACUACCCCACUUCGCACACCGACCUCGCACCAACUUUCCUUCAGUUGGCCGGUAUACCUCUCCGAGACGAUUUUGAUGGGCUACCCAUUCCAGUUAGGGCCGUUGAUCAGACAUCGGAUUCGAUCAAAACUGAGCAUGUAAAUAUUGAAUACUGGGGAAGGGGCAUUAUCGAAGGCACUGCGUUUAAUAACCUGAAGGAUUACUUCGGUCAAAACACGUACAAGACUCUACGGAUAGUCUCUGAAGAGUAUGAAUUCAUGUAUACCGUCUGGUGCAACGGCGACCAUGAGCUGUACAAUAUGAAGAGAGACCCCUACCAAACCACUAAUUUGUACGGCACACACUCUCAAUGCAGCCCGUAUAACAUUGCCCAGCUCACAAAACGUCUUGAUACUCUGGUCCUGACACUUAAGAACUGCAAGGCAGAUUCUUGCCGCUACCCAUGGAAGGCGAUUUUCCCCUCCGGAGAAGUAACCAACCUACAUGACGCCUUGGAUGGGAGUUACGACAAGUUCUUUGACUCGCAGCGUUGGGUUUCCUUCGAUGAAUGUACUCUUGGGUAUAUACCCGAGCUUGAAGGCCCAGCUGGCCCCAGACCAUAUCAAGAAUCUUUUCUUGCGCGAGAUGCUGAGCUACGUGACGAGCACUGGAUUUAG